AUGUCUGCGACGACGUCGUUUGCUCAGUGUUCUCGUAUCUACUACAAUUGCGAUGCUUCUUCCCAAAAUCACCAGACGACGGGGAAACGAAACGAGAACCGGAAUCUCGUAAUCAACCGGAGAUUCCCUAAACCGGCCCGGCUAAUUCUCCAUGACCCAUCCAAGCUCAAUGAACCUUCUUCACUCACUCGCGCACUACGCGAUUUCGCAGACUCCGGCCUCAUGGAGGAUGCACUCAACCUGUUCGACGAAAUGAACAAAACCGAUACUUUCUUAUGGAACGUGAUGAUCAAAGGCUUCACUAGCUCUGGCUUAUACCACGAAGCGCUUUCGUUUUAUUGUAGAAUGGUGUGUACAGGAGUCAAAGCUGAUUCUUUUACAUACCCUUUCGUGAUCAAAUCAGCUGCUGGAGCUUCGUUGUUGUUAGAAGGGAAGACGGUUCACGCGACGGUGAUCAAGCUUGGGUUCUUCGAUUCAGAUGUCUACGUUUGUAAUUCUCUUGUUUCCUUUUACAAGAAGCUUGGAUGUGUAUGGGAUGCAGAGAAAGUGUUCGACGAAAUGCCUGAGAGAGAUAUUGUCUCGUGGAAUUCUAUGGUUUCUGGGUUUCUUGCGGUUGGUGAUGGAGUACGUUCGUUGGUUUUGUUUAAAGAGAUGUUGAGAUGUGGAUUUGAACCGGAUAGGUUUAGUAUUAUAAGCGUUCUUGGUGCUUGUUGUUAUAUGGAUUGGUCGAGAAUGGGGAAGGAGAUACAUUGCUAUGCUAUUCGAAGUGGAGUUCAAGCGGGUGAUGAUGUUAUGGUAUUGACGUCAAUUCUUGACAUGUAUAGUAGAUAUGGUGAAGUGAGUUAUGCAGAGAGGGUGUUUAAGGGAAUGAGGAAUAGGAAUGUCGUAGCUUGGAAUGUUAUGAUAGGGUGUUACGCUAGAAAUGGGAGAGUCGUUGAUGCCUUUCUCUGUUUUCAGAAAAUGUCAGAGCAGCCAGAUGUUAUAACGUUGAUAAAUCUGCUUCCUGCUUGUGAGAUCUUAGAGGGUUUAACGGUUCACGAGGUUCACGGGUACGCAACGAGGAGGGGGUUUCUUCCUCAUGUAGUGUUGGAAACUGCUCUGAUUGAUAUGUAUGGAGGAUGCGGGAAGGUGAAGUCAGCUGAGGCUGUGUUUAAUCGAAUGGCCCAAAAGAAUUUGGUCUCAUGGAACUCGAUGGUAGCUGCGUAUGUGCAGAACGGGGAGAACUAUUCAGCUUUGGCGCUGUUUCAAGAGCUAUGGGAUUCUUCAUCAUCUCUUGUCCCUGAUUCCACAUCAUUUGCUAGUAUUCUUCCAGCUUAUGCAGAAUCACUCUCCUUGCGUGAAGGUAGACAACUUCAUGGCUAUAUCGUAAAAGCUAGAUACGACGGAUCAAACACCAUCAUCUUGAAUUCACUUGUUCACAUGUAUGCCAUGUGUGGAGACCUCGAGGACGCAAGAAAGUGUUUCGGCCAGGUCGUGUUUAAGGAUGUUGUUUCGUGGAACAGCAUCAUCAUGGCUUACGCGGUACACGGUUUUGGGAGAGUUUCUGUUUGCUUAUUCUCAGAUAUGAUUGCUAGUAGAGUAAGUCCAAAUAAGAGCACCUUUGCCUCGCUAUUAGCAGCGUGUAGCAUCUCCGGUAUGAUCGAUGAAGGAUGGGAACAUUUCAACUCAAUGAAAAGAGAAUAUGGGAUUGAUCCUGGGAUAGAGCAUUAUGUGUACAUGGUUGAUCUCAUUGGUCGGACAGGAAAUUUAAGCUCAGCCAUGAGAUUCAUUGAAGAUAUGCCGUUUGUGCCAACAGCUCGGAUUUGGGGAUCUUUGUUGAAAGCAAGUAGAAACCACAAUGAUAUUACCGUGGCUGAGUUCGCAGCGGAACAGGUUCUUAAGAUAGAACAUGACAACACUGGAUGCUAUGUCUUGCUUAUGAAUAUGUAUUCAGAAGCUGGAAGAUGGGAAGAUGUUAACAGGAUCAAGCUUCUCAUGAAAAGCCAAGGCGUAGCUAAAACAACGAGUCGGAGUAUUGUUGAGACGAGAGGCAGAACUCAUGUGUUCACAAACGGAGAUAGAUCCCACGUGGAGACUAACAAGAUCUAUGAAGUGUUAGAUAUUGUCUCGAGGAUGGUUGAUGAAGAAGAAGACAGUUAUGUUCAUUGUGUUUCGAAGAUGAGACCAGAGACACUAUUGAAGAGAAGAAGUAAUUCACAUAGAGAACAUUCGGUAAGACUCGCCACGUGUCUUGGACUGAUCUCUACGGAAACAGGAAGUGCAGUUCUGGUGAGGAACAACACGAGAAUCUGCAGAAGAUGUCACGAGUUCUUGGAAAAGACUUCGAAAGUGACGAGAAGAGAGAUCAUUGUGGGAGAUUCCAAGAUUUUUCAUCACUUCUCUAAUGGCUGUUGCUCGUGUGGAAACUACUGGUGA